AUGAGUUCAUUUAGGUCAGUCUCCGCGGUAGAGACAUCAGGUCGGCUUGGUGGUAUGGCUUCUAGGCGACUGUUUGACCAACAACGAUAUGGAGCUGCUCCAUCUUCCACUACUACAACUUCUCCAAGGAGAACACAGAAUUAUUUGGCGCAGAAGAUGGCUGGUGCCUCGUCAUUGAUGCAAUCACGAUUGUUGGCGCGCAGUGUGGGUAAUGUCUCAUUGGCAGCUGAAGGCGAAGUAACGGCAGCAGCGUCACGAUUACAGAAUACCAUCGAUAUGUUGAAGAAAGCCAGUAAUCCUGAUCUGACGCAAACCUCCCUCUACGAAGAUCCUGGAAGCCCGUGUGGUGAGAAAAUGCGACGACGUGGAGCUGUUCAGAAGAAGGUAUUGAAUCGCAUGUAG